AUCUAUCGUUCUCUCUCAGGCUUCUCCACACCUCCAGUAUUUGAUCGGAAUCUAAAGCAACGUUGAAGUCCAUAUAUGGCAGACAAAGAGCUGCGUGCAGCCACCAACGAGGACACAGCUGCAAGCAUCAGCAUAGCUGACGACGAAGAUGACGGCGUGGACCUCCGAAGCUUGGCUAGUGAUCGGCCUGUGUCCCGCAAAGAAGCAGUGGUCCUCGAUCUGCCCAUGCACCAAAAAGACGAUGGAGGACUCCUUGAGCAAACAGAUGGCGAUGAAGAUUCAAGUGGCUUGCACUUUGUGCGGACCGCUUCGGAAGAUGUAGAAUUCAGUGAGCAAUAUGCUAAUGCUUUCCAUGGGACAAGGGAGAAUGCAUCAAAGAAAUUAACAAAGAAGAAGGUAGUCCACGAAAGGCCCGUUCUUGAUGUACCCGUGUACAAAAGAACCGCUGUGGUAGAUGUAAAAUUCGCAGCGCAACAUGUUAAUUUUUACCAUGGCACUAGGGAGGUACCAACUGCAACAAAACCAUCAGAGGAAUUCAAUCGAGGACUCCUUGAGCAAACAGACGGCGAUGAAGAUUCUAGUAGCUUGCGCUUGUACCAGCAGUUGUACGGCUACGCAACUCAGGGCAAGAUAGAUAGCUUUAAGGACACCAUUGAAAGGAAGCUUGAGGCAGAUGAAGUACAUGAUCCCAAUGCUCGCGUUCGGCUUCUGUCUCGAGUAAGCCCUCAUAAGAACACAUUCCUUCACAUAGCUGCAAAUUUCGGCCAUGCGAAACUAGCAGCCGAGAUCAUACACCUUCACAAGCCCCUUUUGUUUGAGAAAAACUUUGAGGGCGACACUGCGCUCCAUAUUACGGCCAAAACAGGGGAUUUAGAUACAGCAAGCACUCUUCUCUGUGAAGCCCCAGGCGCUGAAAAUGCUGAUGAGGUAUUCAUGUUGCUGACCUCAAUAAAUGAUGAGCAAAACACUCCCUUGCACGAGGCCCUGAUUCAUGGUCACCAAUCAGUAGCAAAGUGUUUCAUAGAGGCCUAUCCUGCCUUUUCGUUUUAUCUCAAUAAGGAAGCAAAGUCCUCUUUGUAUCUGGCCGCUGAGGAAGGGUUUGAUGAGAUCGUGAAACUAAUAAACAAAAAAGCAGUUGAGAAAAAGCCAGAAGUUCGUGUUAAUGGCAAGUCUCCGUUGCAUGCUGCAAUUCUAAGCCGCCGGAACAAUGAAAUCUUAAAGAUAGUAUCAAGCAUGGAGGAAAUUUUUCUGAGCUCAAAAGAUGAGAAGGGGAGGACUCCACUACAUUCUGCAGCAUCAAUUGGUUAUGUAGAAGGGGUUCGCUUCUUAUUAGGCAGACGCGCAUCUGUGAUUCUCAUCAAAUGGAUCAUGGCGGCAACUUUCCAAUCCAUUCAGCAUCAAGCAAAGGUCAUGUCAAGAUUGUUAAAGAGCUGCUUCGACAUUGUCCCGAUUCAAAGGAACUGAAAAACUCUAAUGGCGAAAAUAUACUCCAUGUUGCAGCAAGAUGCGGUAAAGACAAUCUUGUCAAAUAUUUUCUCAAAAAGGGUGAGUUUCGAAUGUUG